GGUUUUUGCGCGGUAGUGGCGCGCGCGCUCUCGGGUUGGUGCGAUCGCGGCGCGCGGCUCCAAUCUCUUCCCACACUCGGUGCUGAGUGACGUCACCAGGCUGCCUCGAGUCGCCUGAGCUCGCCGCUCCGGUACGGCACACGGUCUCGGGGAAAACAACAACAACAACAACAACAAUAAUAAUCAUAAUAAUAAUAAUAAUCAUACAGAAUGCUGCUCUCGGCACCGCCAAGGACAGGAAGCAGCCCGUAUAACGGAUACACUCACCGGACCGGCAAAAAGCAGGCGUAUGUGUCCUCCACCCAACAGAUGGCACCUCCCAGUCCCAACCCCACAACCAACAGUAACGGGAGCAGCAGCGGAGCGGACCAGCUGAGCAAAACCAACCUCUAUAUCCGCGGCCUCCACCCAGGGACCACAGACCAAGAUCUGGUUAAACUCUGUCAGCCGUAUGGCAAGAUCGUGUCCACCAAGGCCAUCCUGGACAAGACCACCAACAAGUGCAAAGGCUAUGGUUUCGUUGACUUUGACAGUCCUGCUUCUGCGCAGAAAGCUGUUACAGCGCUGAAGGCCACUGGAGUUCAGGCUCAGAUGGCAAAGCAACAGGAGCAGGACCCUACCAACCUGUAUAUCUCCAACCUGCCCCUGUCCAUGGAUGAACAGGAGCUGGAGAGCAUGUUGAAGCCAUUCAGUCAGGUCAUCUCCACACGUAUUCUCCGUGAUGCCAAUGGUGCCAGUAGAGGCGUCGGCUUUGCCAGGAUGGAAUCGACAGAAAAAUGUGAGGCCGUUAUUCAGCAUUUCAAUGGCAAAUACAUCAAGACACCACCUGGAGUGGCAGUGCCUACGGAACCUCUGCUGUGCAAGUUUGCAGACGGGGGUCAGAGGAAACGUCAGAGUCAGGGCAAAUAUCUUCAGAACGGUCGGCCGUGGACGAGAGAUGGGGAGACGGGUGGAAUGAUGCUGACCUAUGACCCGACACCUGCCCUACAGAAUGGGUUCUUCUCCUCUCCCUACUGCAUUGCUCCCAACAGAAUGAUCACACAAACCUCCGUCUCUCCGUACAUGCAUUCCCCUGUUUCAACAUACCAGGUACACAAUCCAUCCUGGAUGCACCAUCAGUCGUACCUCAUGCAGCCCACGGGAACACUCCUCACACCUACCAUGGAUCACACUCUGUCCAUCCAACCUGCUGCCAUGAUGCCACUGACCCAGCAGCUCAGUCACCUUUCCCUGGGCAGCACCGGCACGUAUAUACCGGCAAACACAGCUAUGCAAGGGACAUACAUACCCCAGUACACCCAAGUGCCUCCUGCCAGCGUCUCAGUCGAGCUCAUCCGUGCAGGAAUCAACAGCCAGUGUGUCUCCAAUUUCUGCUGCUUUGGACAUCAAAGGAGAGACACUGACAUCUAAAGGAGCCUGUCCCCUCGUCAAUUAAAGGAAACAGACAUUAAUUCUACUGGAGACACUUUCAAGAGUGCAAAGACCAAGCAAUGGAAAGUUUAACUUCUUUUGGCAGCAUUAAAAACACAUGAAGGAAGCUAUGCGCUCACAAGGAGGGCAAUGAAAUCUAGCAAACGUUCACACAUGUACAAACACACAUAUUCUCUCUCUCUCUCUCUCACACACACACACGAGAAACCUUUUGUCGGCACCUAAAAAUCGGCUUUAUUUUGGUCCUCCAGAGCGAAAGAGACAACACUAUCAUUUUAGAACAGUAGUUUGUAGCCCUUUUUUAAAUGAUUUUUCUUUUUUCCCCCAUCCCUCCCCAAUUGUUUUAAAUAUGUGACUGCUUUAAAAGUCUGUUUUAGAGGUAGGUCUUUUUUGUACAUAGAAAAAGGCAAUGUUUUUUUAAAAGUUUUGCUGCAUUUUUUUAAUUGAAUAUCAAAGAAACGGUUUUAAUUAAAUGUCCAACAAGCUGCUUCACAGCGACUCGAAAGCAGUUAAAAACAUGGCGGAAAAUAUGUUCUGUUGUAAACGGCCACAUCGCCCAGCAGUAUGACGUGACUCAAAGUUGCUAUUUUUAAUGAAGGUCAGAGUUUAUUAAUAGUGGAAUCAUGAUCAUAGACAUGCUGUUCUGCCUCUGUCCCUAAAAUGCUGCUUUGCCUCAGACCCGAGGUCAUACUCUUUUGAGACUUUUGUUUUCUUAUUUAAAGUGGAAAUUGUCUUUUUUGCAGGAAAUUGACAGAAAACUUUCCUAAAAUAAUUAAAUGCCAGCAUAGCAUGGU